AAAAAGACUUGGUCUUUGGUCAUCCUGAACCAAGCCGCGUUUAAUUUCCUCUUCAGAAUGGCCAAAAAGAACACAAUCUCUUAUACAAAAACCACCCAUGAAUUUAUCAAAUACCCACAAACAAUUAUUAUUUCUAUGGCUCACUCUCUCUUCUCCUUCUUCAUCUUAUUCUUCUUUUCUUUGAUUCAAUUCAUUCAUUCACUCUCAACUGUAUCAAUCUCUCAUACUUCUUCUAAUCAGACCUUAGUUUGUGCAUUAACCCAUCAAUCUUCUCUUAACUGUUCUAGUUUUCCUCCCGGAAUCCAAAUCCCUGUGAGUCCUCCCAAUACUUCUUAUUCUGGUCUUGUCGGAGGAUAUCGGUUUAUGUGUGCCUUGAAGUCUUUCUCUUCUUUAUCCACUUCUGCUAUAUUUUGCUGGAGAUUCUCUGCUAGUGGUACUAUCGUGGAGCACAAGAGAAUCUAUUACAACACCACCAUUAAUGAACUUGAAGAAGGAGACAGACACAUUUGUGGUCUUGUGGGCGAUUCCAAUCAACUUGGGUGCUGGCAGUGGAGGAGGUUCAACUCAACAAUUUCUCAAAACGUCUCGAAAAUCGCUGUCGGCGGCGACUUUAUGUGUGGAUUGUCAACAACUGGAAGGCCUUUUUGCGCACCAAAUGGUACCAAUAGUGGCAUUACUGAUGUUCCUGAAGGAAAUUAUAGUGUCAUUGCUGCAGGGUCUAGACAUGCCUGUGCAAUCAAUUCUAGUAGUUCUUUGAAUUGUUGGGGUGAUUCGGUUGGUGAGAUUCCACAAGGGGAGUUCAUGUCAUUGGCCUUGGGAGAUAAUCGUAGUUGUGCAUUGAGGACUGAUAGGAAAGUAGUUUGCUGGGGGCAGAACAACUUCAGUUUGCCAGAAAAUCUGACAGGGUCUUUUUUUGUUUCAAUUGAAGCAAAGAGAAGGGUUUUCUGUGGAGUAUUGACUGAAGAUUUUUCCUUGAAAUGUUGGGGUAAUGAGAAUUUUGAGACCAAUUAUGCAGUGUUUGAAGAGGUACUACCAGGACCCUGUAGAAAGGACUCAAAUGAGUGUCCCUGUGGUCCAUUGGCGUAUUCAGGCAGAAUUUGUGGCCAAGGAUGCAUAUGCCAGCCUUGUAAGACCGAAACUCAAUCAUGUCCACCACCACAACCACCAUGUUCUCCUCCACCGCCGCAACAAUCGAGUUCCUCAAGCCAUCAUGGGAGCCCCAGAAUGGUAGCUUUUCUUGUCAUGGGGUGUGUGGGAUCCCUGGCAUUGUUGAUCGUCCUGGGCUACUUUUUCUUCAAAUAUUGUGCGGUCAAAGGGUGUCGCGUUCACGAUUCAGGGCCCUUAGAAGAGACACGGCCUUCGAUAGAACUAAAUCCGAACCAAAACCAAACAGCAGCAGCAGUACCAGUAUUGGAGAAGAGGCUUAGCCAGUUAACUAGCAUGGGAAAUGCAGGUAAUUUGGAGGAGUUUCCAUUGGAAGUCUUACUUCAAUCCACAAACAAUUUCGCGGAGAAUCAUAAAAUCGGCACAGGCAGCUUUGGAGCAGUGUAUUAUGCUACACUACCUGAUGGAAGAGAAGUUGCAAUCAAGAGAGCAGAAAUAUCAAACAUUUCAACAUUCACAGGUGUCAGUAGAAGGGAACAAGACAAGGACAAUGCCUUCAUUAACGAGCUCGAACACCUGUCGCGGCUCAAUCACAAGUACCUCGUCCGUCUCUUAGGAUUCUGUGAGGACUGCCAUGAGCGUGUGUUAAUCUAUGAGUACAUGGCCAAUGGAACACUCCAUGACCAUCUCCACAAACUUGAGAGCUCACCCUUAAUUUCUUGGGCCGCAAGGAUCAAGGUAGCGUUGGAUGCAGCAAGAGGGAUCGAGUACUUGCAUAUCUACUCUGUACCCCCAAUCAUACACCGCGACAUCAAGUCAUCGAACAUACUCUUGGACGACACAUGGAAAGCCAAGGUGUCCGAUUUCGGACUCUCCUUGAUGGGUCCGGGGGAGGAGGAGUCACACUUGUCGCUGCGUGCAGCCGGAACUGUAGGGUACAUGGACCCUGAGUACUACAGGCUGCAGCAGCUGAAUACUAAGAGCGAUGUUUACAGUUUUGGAGUAGUAUUGCUGGAGUUGUUGAGUGGGUUCAAAGCCAUUCACAAGAAUGAGAGUGGUGUGCCAAGAAAUGUGGUUGAUUAUGUGGUACCAUAUAUUGUUCACGAUGAGAUUCAUAGAGUGUUGGACCCAAAGGUUCCACCCCCAACGCCAUUUGAAAUAGAGGCAGUUAGGUAUGUUGGGUACUUGGCGGCAGACUGUGUGACACCAGAAGGUAGAGAUAGACCUUCUAUGACUGAAGUUGUAGAUAGUCUAGAAAGAGCCUUCAAUGCCUGUCUGGUUCACCCUUCGUCGAUGUCCCGGUCCACGACCGGGUCAUCCACGUAGUCUUUGUGGGUUGGUAUGCCCACACACAAGUACCAUGGAUUAGUCUAUGUAAAGUUCUGAAUAAUUUGUUACAUUAUUUGAGACAAAAAGUGAUUGUCGAUAUGCCAUUGUACCUACUCCAAAUGGCGACCAAAUUGGGAUGUAUGUUUUCUUCUUCUUCUUUGGAUUACUUUCCUCUUCAGUGUGGUUCGGUUGUUU